CAAAAUCACAUGUAAGUAGCCUUGACUCUCUUGUCGUCACUGGGGCAACAGUGGAGGAUGCCUGAUUCACGUUGGCAUGUCUACUUCCUGAAUCUGUCAGGAAUGUUUGACCCCUCCGAGUUAUUUAUACAGCGUGGAGAAGGGGACACUUCAAAAUGAAUUAUGUUUUUCGCAGUUUAAACGAGCUGCAGAGGCAACUUUUCUAUUUGACAGCAUAGUUGUCACCUUGCCACGGCUGUGAAAAACAACGGAUGAUGCCAGCAUUGAUGCAAAAUUGGAAACAGUUACGCUGAUUGAGCUGAGAGCUCCUUUUUCGACAAUGAUUGUUGUUUGUUGAGUUUUAUCAGAGCACUGUUGUUUGUGUGCUGAAUGAAAUCUUAGAGACGAUAUGAAGAUGCAUUCCCUCAGGUGCUGGUAAGAAAUAAGAAAACAUCAGAUGCCUUUAAACAGCCUCAAACUCCAGCUCUAAUUCUGAUCCUGUCCUUUUAAAGCUUUGGCACAUAUUUAUCUAUCCCAUCAUUUUCUAUCAUGGAUCCCCAAGAGUUAUUAUUCUUAAAACCUCUUCAAUCUUAAACCACAAGCAGAGGACACAAGAGCAUUUUCCUUGAGAGUAGAAAUGUUUUCUCUGCUAGUAUCAUUGCCUGGAGUGCCCUUGAAACAAUAUGUUACAUUUUAUAUAAGGCAGGAGCUACCUUGUGACUUGCAAUGCUGGUAUUUCAUUUACGCUGGUGGACCAAUUUAAAGGAAUAGUUCAACAUUUUUGGCACAUGCAUAUUAGCUUUCAUGGCAGGUGCUAAAUGAGACGGUCAAUAUCUGUAUUUUAAAUAUCAAGCUAAAGUCAGCUGUUGGUUAGUUGAGCACAAAUUGCAAAUCCGUCUAAUAGCUCUUAAGACAAAUCCCAGACAGUUCAGAUUUGCGGUCAGAUGUCCUGCACUUUAGUGCUCAGCACCAGAGUCCUCCAGGGCUGUGUUCUUAUCCCCCCUGUUCACACUGUACACCCAUGACUGCACUCCCCACAUAGAGAGAACUCUGUUGUGUAGUUUGCAGGUGAUGGACACCAUCAUUAUUACAAAUAUCAAUGAGAGUUCAUAUUGGGAAAUCGACAACAUCAACAUCAACAUCAACAAAACCAAGGAGCUGAUUGUUGAUUUUUGAAAAAGGAGGCCCAGAGACAGCCCGCUGUCUGUACAAGUUGUGGUGAAGCAGGUGAACAAAUGUGAAACAAGAAGGAGGAAAAAAUUCCAAUGCUUUCUAGUUCUUGUGAACUUUAACAGGGGAGCAAUAGAAAGCAUCCUGGCAUGGUUCACGCACAGCCCAGGACGGGAAUGCUCCACAGUGUGUGAUUAAAACCACCUUAUCAAGCCUUAGUAAUUAUUAACCCAUCUAUAUAAUUCUCUCUUUUUGUGAAUAGCAUGUAGGUACUACAGACUUUAUUUCAUCAUACAUCACUUUUUGUGAAAUGAUAAAAAUAAAUGCAUCUUCAAUCUUUCAAGUUCACAAGUAGACAUUUUUGUUAAUUCCACAUAAAAACUACUUAGAAACAUGUUAAGAAUAUGUGUGCUUCCUGGUAACUUCCUGGUAUCUAAUCUAAGUUAAUCGUCUGCAAGCUGUAGUUUCAUAUUUACCCACAGACAUGAGAUUGAUAUCAGUCCUCUCAAAUAACUCUUGGCAGAAAAGUGAAUAUGUUUCCUUCCAAAAUGUCGUACUGUUCCUUUAAAACAGGCUAUAAGUACAGUGGGUUUUAUUUAGCUUCUUUCAUGGCAUCAUGGCAUGUCUCACACCUGACCUGAAACUCUGGUGAUAUUGCAGUUUGAAGAGGGCGUCAUACUCUCCUAACUCUCGUGCUGCACGGUGAACCACGCUAUACCCGCUCUUAUCCCUCAGCACCAAAGAGAGACUGCACAGGCAAGACUGGAGAGGGAACAUUAAGUUACUGCAGGCUAAAGGAAAUGAGAUAUCCGUGUUGGACAUGGUUGAUGCCUCCUCGUUAUCAUUCUGUGAUAUCCUAAUUUGGCCUCUUUUGUGUGUUUGAGCACAUUGCUUCCAGUGCAGCAGCACUCUGGUACGUGUCUGCAGUUGUUACAGCGAGUUAGAGAGACAGAUUUUCUUAAAAGGAAGUGUUAACAUACAGCCAGUUGAUGUUACAUGAGAGCAGAUGGAGAUUUUUUUUUGGUAUGAGGCCUCUUGUCGUGUGAGGAGGCAUGCCCUGCUGACCGCGUUGGGACGUUUUGGAUGCUCUGCAUACGCAUUCUCUCUGUGUAACUGAGCUUCAUAAUGAAUGCUCCAUCUGUGGUGGGUGUGAGGGUGUUUUAGUGUUGUGUGUAAAUGCAGCACACAGAGUGGUGAGGACUUUAGGGUACUUUUUAUUUUACCAAUGAUGUGAUCUUUCUCUUCCCAGACCCCCAGUGACGUGAUGCCCAAGAGGGAUCAUGAGAGGGACCUGGAGCUGGACAAGAAGAUCGAGGCCCUCCGCAGGAAGAAUGAAGCUCUCAUGAAGAGGUACAAGUUGUAUCUAGGAGGUGGAGGAGGACAGGAAAAGGGCAGAAGAGGAAGGAAUGGCGCUGCAGAGCCGGAAGGGCAAAGCUGAUGAUCUUACCAUCACAAUCAGCAAGUCAACCAGUCAGGAUAAUCGUGUGGUGGUGACGAAGCCAUUUAGCGGUGGGUCGCCAGCUGGGAAAGGACAGCCGGAGGCCGGGCCCGACAGGGGGGAGGAAAGCCCGUCGCCUGGUGCUGGCCGAGGCCACAGGAAGCAGCUAAUGGUCACCAUGGCUGGCAAAAGGGGUAAGAGGGUGGUGAGUGAGAAGCCGGAGAAGAGGUCGGACGUCAAGAGCCCUACAGAUGAUGGACAGGCGAAGCGUGUGGUGGAGUCAGCGGGGAGGGGGAAGCAGCCACCUCACAUGACCAAAAGAGACACAGCAGCACAGGAUGAAGUUAAACAGAAGCACACUGAGGAGCAUCACAUGCUUUCAGAGCAAUGCCAGGAGCCUGAGAGCCCGCAGGCCAGCACAGACCUCAACAUCCCCACAUCAAAAGAGGAGCAGGAGGAGUAUCUGCGGUGGAAGAAAGAGCGUGAGCAGAUCGACCGCGAGAGAGUGGCACGCCACAAAAAUGCCAAGGGCCAGUGGAGACGGGCGUGGGACGUGGACAAAACUGACAAUAUGUUUUCAGACAAAUCCAUCCCUGAUAGAGACUGGGGACCCUCCAGCCGAGGUGGACGAAAUGCUAGAAGAGGACAAUCCAGGACAGCUGGUGAUUCAAGAGGUCACGAGAAGCGAGGCAAAGACAAAGGAGCCAAGAACGUGCAAGUGAUGAGCAGUAAAGCAAAAGGCAUAGAUCGUCUGACUGGGAGAGCGAGGAGAUGGCAGGUGAAUGAAGACGGAGAGAGCCUACAGACUUCUGACACCACAUUAGAGGAAUUCUUGGAGGAACUUGACGCCCUCACAGAAACUGACCUAGAUGAUCCGAAAGAGAGGGAUUCAAAAAUGAAGCUGUCGCCAAGCCCAGACUCACUGAGUGGAUCCACUGCUCCUGCGUCAGCUGAUACACUGAGAGAGGACUCCCCUACUCAGCUGAAGGCCGAGGUAUCAUCCCCAAAGAGUUCGGAGAAGAAGGUGCGCUUCUCAGAGGAGCUUGUCCAGGUGGCUCACACGAGGCAAACCACAGGCUCUCAGGACUCGAGCGCGAGCUCUUUAAAAGCUGCCUCACCUAAAAAAAACAAAGGGCCGCAGCAGCCUCUUGAAAGUGCCAAGCAGGACGAGGGCAGUCCUGGUCCUCAGGAUCAGGGAGGCGGUCCGUCUGCUCCUCCUGUCGCCCAGCAGCAGGCAUCUGAAACUGAAUGUACCAGAAAAGACAGCACCCUCCCCACAGCUCCCAGCUCCCCCUCCCCUGAAAAAGCCUGUGCCUCUUUACAGGAGAGCUCUGUCCAGCCUGUAGAGCUUGCCAAGUGCAACAUCAGCAACACAAACACAGAGGAACUGAUAGACUCCGGUCUGUCUGUCCUGAGCCUGGAGUCAGGAGAAACACACCCGACACACUCCACCAGCAGUGACAAGGCGAGAGAGCAUGGAAAGAUUGUUUGAUCGUCCUUUUCGCCAUGUAAAUACUGAAACCAAAUCACAGAAACGCAGAGCCUCACCUCUUUGUAUUUGCAUCAUUUCGCUUCAGGUUGCUCAUCUGAGGUACCCUGUGUAUGGCUUACACGCUAGACCAUGGUUUCAUUUCACUGCUGCGUGUCCCAACCUGUGGAAGUUCUUAAAUCUCUCAAAUUUGACGUAGGAAUGGUGACCGUUUUUCCCUGCUCAAAUAUUUUUUACAUCCAAGCACUUUAUGAGUAUAAAAAGCAUGUGUACUGACAAAUUAUUCUGUGUUAGUAUGCGACUUGAGUGCAAUAUCAUUGAAUGUUUACAUUUUUAUGAAAAUGUCAAGGUACAUAUCAGGAGGCUAGCUAAUCAGUUACACUUGGUAGCCCCUUGAAAAUGGACUUCAGCCACAGUCAAAUUAUCUAGUGCCUGAUUCUGCCUUAGAGGUGUUUUCAAUAAAUGAAAUACAGUCUGUAAUAUAUGAUGAUAGAGUAGUAACAGACCUACAGUAGAGUCUGAGUUUCUACUCUCAAAACUGUGUGAGUAGGUAUUAUUUAUUAACUGCUUCCAGCAUCAGUCAAUGGCCUUGUACAAAAUCAGAAAUCAAUACUUCUUGUCUUAUUGGCCUUAAUGUUUUUAUUAUCAAGGUCAUUUAAAGGGGCACUCCACUAAUUUUGUAUACAAAGCUCAUAGUGUCAUAGUGCUGUCUGUCACUACCCGAUCUGUACCGGUUGCCCGACCUGUUCUGCACAUGCACAAAUUGGUCCUGUUGGUUUAAAGUUACCGCAAAUGUGCCUGUUCACAAAUAUUUACUGUGAGCAAAACAAAAAAUUAUUAGUAAUAUUUUCUGUUUAAUUUUGUGUCUAGUCAAUACAAGUAAUUCAAUGUUUUUAACAAAUACGUGUCUAGUUUUCUAUUUAAUUCAGACAUUGAAUAUUUCUCAAUGUAUCUUUUUUCUGUAUUCUAUACUUUUUCUGACUACAUUUUUACUAUCUGGUUGGUAUGAAAGCACCUCUGUUUCUCUCACUCCCUGUGGACUUUAUAUAUCACUGGUAGAGACCAAUAGGGUUUUUAAAAAAUGUGUAAUUUCAGUAAAUUAUUUAUAACACAAUAAUUAACUAUUAAAUGUGCAGUGAUUUUAGAUAUUUGUGUAGAACAGAUGGGGCAGCUGGUACAGAUUGGGCACUGACAAUAUUAUUCAAGUCAUCUCAGUUUGGAAAUCACAAUAUUAUGACAGCAAGCCCACGUUACAAGCUGGGGGUGUGAUGUUUGCCGAGUAAGACGAUAAUGCUAAGAAAUUUGUAUCAAGUUGGAUUAUGGGAAAUUAAGUAUCCAGUAUUUGGAGUUGAGAGAAUAAAAGUCAGAGUAUCUUGGCUACUGCAACAGAGUUUUAGAGGAAUCUUUUUCAAAUUUUUGAAAGUAAAGAUCAAAAUUGCUGGAGUGCCCCUUUAAUGUAGAGCUAACAUUCAGCUAGUAGCAAAAUCUACAUUACUAGAAAGCAAUCAGUGUCACUGUAGAACUCCGCCUUGCCCUUUGACAUAUUGUUAUUGUGUUGGCACAGUUUCACAGCUGAAUCCUAAUAAUCUGGUCUUCCACAUUAUUUAUUAUAAUAUGUUUAUAAGCAAUUAAUAUGAAAUUGAUAUCUGUACUUUUAACAAAUAUGAAUUUAAUUUAAACAAUAGACAGAACAGACAUGAAAUACAAAAAUAAAACAAAUCAGAAAUCACUUUGGGAACUAAAACAUUGCUUUCUUUAAUAGUUCCCCAUGCUGUUUUCAAACACAUUGUGUUACAGAGUCCUGGUACAUAACAGUCUCCACCCUCUUUCUCUGUUGAGGCUUUUGGCCCCUGUGGGACCAACAGACUGGAGAUGUUGAUAAUAAACCAUCCAGAUCUGUGAGGGCUCAGCCUUCAGUCCACAGUCAAAACACUGGGAUUCAGCUGUAAUUGUUUUCUUUUAUAAUCACGAAAGACAGCUGAUAUUUUUGAAAAAAAAAACUUCAUUAAGAAUGGCGCCAGCUGUUGUGCCUUGCAUCUUGGCUUCUUCAAAUACUGAAGGUGCACCUUCAUGUCCUGCUUUGUAUCAGAACAUACAGUAGUGCCAAAUGUACUGUACUGACAGUGCAGCAGCAGUAUUGAUUUUAUUUAUUUGCCUCUCCAUUUGGACAACAGAAUGUUAACUAUAACCAUCUAAAACAGUUUCGAAACAAUGUCUACGUGUAUUAUAGUAGCUGUUUUUUCCUCUGUGACAUGUAUGAAUUUGUUUUCUAUUUAUUUGACCGUCUGUAAUUUUAUUUUUGUGGCAACUAUUAUAGGAGAGGCCUUAAAAGAUCUUUGUCCUAAAAGAAGUCUUUGGCUUUCGUCGACGUUACAGUUAUACUGUAGUAAACGAUUAUGUAACCUUAAGUAGAGAACAAAGUAGACAUGCUCUGAGCUGCAGAGCCCUGUCAGCUUCAACUGUGGUUACAUAAAACACAAGUCAUCAGGAAUCUAGUAGAAGCACACUGGGAAAACUCUGAAGCGAGUCACAAGCUUUGAGGCCAGUCAGACCACAGGGAACGCGAAUGUGCUGUUUUUGACUGGGGGCCUCAUUCUAUCUGAUGUAUGGAAUUUGAACGGAAAGGAAACAUCUGUUUGAAAAGCAGGUCAUACAGAUUACCUCUGAAAUAUAAAAAAAAAAAAAUCCUGUGGGAUUCAAUUUAGUAAAAAUUUAAAUUUAGGACCUAUAACCAUAGAGCAGUUGUACAUUUGUCCUUGUUUAGCACUUGUCCAUUUAGUUAUUAGACCUCUGCAUUAAACGUCAGAUUGAAGAGGUGGUUUUGAACAUCUUGCUCCACCCGAGCAUCCACUGCUCUCCUCCAUGCACACUCAUAAGGAAGGAAGAUUUGUGAGUGCCUGUGUACGAGUGUGUGUCAGUGUGUUAUCCCAGCUUUUUACUGUUCAGAUUGCUCAUGCUAAUUUAAAUCUGUGUGCAACAUAGCUUCAUCUACUGUAGAACAAUUUUGGAAGGAGGCGUAUGGAACACCAAUAAAGUUUUUUUCUGUAUUUCAAACUCUCAAA